AUGCACGACCACCCGCAGAUGGCGGUGCUCAGCAAGCUGCUCUACGGCUCCAUGCGCGUCAGCUCGUACGACUGGGUCACCGCGCCGUGCUCCGGCCCAAGAAAGGGCGGUUUAGCCAAGGUGGUGGCGGUGGACGAGCUCCGGGAGGCGCCGUGCAAGGCGUCGGUGCUGUUCCCCCGGAGCGGCGGCAACAUCCACGCCCUCACUGCCGUCACGCCGUGCGCUCUCCUCGACGUGCUCGCGCCGCCGUACGCGGAGGACCUUGGGCGCCCGUCCACCUAUUUCUGCGACACCCCUAUUCCUGCUCUCCCAGGUUUUGCAGUACUGGAAGAGGUACGCCUGCCUGAGGAUUUUCGUGUUGUUGGCGCCCCAUACGUAGGGCCCGAGCUCGCGGUAGAUAUGGACUUGUAUGAUGAUGACUAG